CGUAAGUUAAUACAGCAUGGACUCGAAGGAAAUAGAUAAAACGUCGGCAGAGUUUAUACCUGGCCAUAGCGAUGUUUCAUUAUUCUCUCAACAAGCCCUGCAGUCGGUAAUGGGAGCAAUCAGGGCAUCCAACGAGCUGCCGGCCGCAGGCAAUGACUAUGACUUCUACUCCAGCUUUGGGGGAUUUAGGGAACUGAUGAAUGUAGAAGGAAGGAGGGUUUUGCAGUUAAUGCAAGAUUUACUAAAACACCAGAAUGUAAAAGGCAACCUGUCUGGUGGAAGUCAGUCUGUUGAAGUAGAGGAUAAAUUUGAUGUACUGGUUGACGCUAAUGAUCAGAUGCUGGAGAGAGUGAGUUCCUUUCUGGAUGAGGCAUCAGGUAUUAAGAAACAGGACAGCACUUUAGUUGUGGCCAGUGUAACACAGAAACAACACAUCAAUACCAGCUGGAAUAAAAAGUCGUCUGAAAGCCCAGCCCAGAAGGCCACUAGCUACAGGCUGUUAGCUGCAAGGUUUGUCCAGAGACCCCAGCUCAAGUUUCAGGACAAAGUGGACAACUCACCCAACACAUCGUUUGUGCCCAAAAUUAAACACAAACCAAAUGCUCUGAGAUCUCUUGAGGAGAGUCUUGUGCCAAAAAUAAUUGACAAAACAGAUGAAUUUGGAGACCAGUUUGAAUGGCUGGAGUACCCUCAUCCAUAUCAGUAUGAACUGGACCAGUUCACCCCAAAGGAAGAACAACUCUUAGCCAAGGAACCAGUGCCUCCAAAGUCUCUGGAAGACACUCCCCUCACCUAUGUUGACACCACUCCGACCCUCGUAGAGAUGAUAGACAGACUGAAGGAGGAGAAAUUAAUUGCUGUGGAUUUGGAGCACCAUUCUUACAGAACCUACCAAGGCAUCACGUGUCUAAUGCAGAUAUCAACUGGAGACCAUGACUAUGUGAUAGACACCCUGACCUUGAGGGGAGAUCUGUACUUGCUGAAUGAGGUCUUCACAGAUCCUGGGAUUGUCAAGGGUCCAGGAAAGAGGUUGGGAGGCGACACUUCGUUCUCUUCAAGAUAUCUGCUGUCUGUGGAACUGGGAAGAACACUUGCUCUCCUUGCGAAACUUGGAUCAAAUCUAACAGAGACCCAAUCAUCUCAGAGAUUACAUCAAGUUUACCUGGGUAUUCCUUCCAUCAUGAAUGUCGGACUGGAAAGAGAGGUGGAGGGAGUCAUCAUGAAUGAAGAUCAAAAGCAGAAGAUCAGACAACGGUAUGUCUACCUGGUUAACAACCUGACAGACCCGAGGAGUACAGGGCUUGCUGCACACUUGUACCAAGAUGGCGUCAUUGAGCUGAGAGAUCGUCAGAUUGUGGAGAAGGAAAAAGCAACAGAAGACGCCAUAAAACACUUGUUAGAUGCUGUGAUGAACUCUUCACAUCAGGGCGCAUUUGAUUGUUUCCUCAAACUUUUAAAAGAAUACGGACAAGACUACCUGGCCAAUGUUUUAAGACAAAGUACCAGUUCUGAUGGAACAGGCUUAUGUGACGUGUGUCCAAAAGACAAGAAACACCCUGCCACCUCCGUGUGUUUGGACUGUAACGAGCUCAUGUGUUCUUCGUGUGCUGACUAUCAUAGGAGGACAAGCGUCUCGAAGGAGCACAGACUCAAUGAAUUAACAGCAGCCCUCACAGACAAAUGUCAAGUACACCCAUCCCUUUAUCUUAAAUCCUACUGUCCCCAAUGUGACGUCCUUGUCUGUGAGCGAUGUAUGGUGGACACACACAAAGGACACACAGACGCUUGGAAAGACGCAAUAACGACGGCCGAGGACUUGAAAUGUAAAGUGAACGGGAUUAUCGAUGAAAUCAAAGAUAUAACUCUCAACAAACCUUCGAUAGAAAAAGAAGAACAGACACGACUAGCCGACUUGGACGAGCAAAGACAGCGCGCUAAACAAGCUAUUGAGACACGAGUAGACGAGGUUUGCAAAUUAGCAAAGGUCUGUGCUGAAAAAACUAAAGAAGAAGUGGACAAAGCAUAUUUUGGUUUAAAACUUCAGCUGCAAAUAACCAAUAAAAUUAAUUCCCUCGAAAAACAACUGAAAGCCUAUGAAAAUCUGUUAAAUGACGCUUCCGUCUCAAGUGUAGUUAAAAAUCACGCGGAAUGGGAGAGUUCACUAAAGGAAAUGUUGGUGACGCAUUCCCCCACCUCUCCUGUGCCUGUGCUUAGAUUUCAGACCAUCACUUGGAUAGAAACAGCCAUACAGCAGGCAAUGGGUGCGGUGGUUAUAGGAGAGAUCACACCGACAUUGAUCACACAACACCAUCUGCAGUAUUCUAAGGACCCGAAAGAAUGGCCCAUAGCUGUGGACAGCAUGCCUGGUGGUGACGUCGUGGUGGGGACAGGGUGUGGAGCUGAUGAAACCAAGCGUCGUAUCAUCAUCUGUUCUUCCACAGCAGGAAACGUCAAGAAGGAGAUCAAGGUUACUGGACUGAGAGGACUGACAGUACUACGUGACAGUACAAUAGCAGCUACUGUUUAUGACGGCAGUACACGGGAAGUGAGGAUAUACACUAAAGACGGUGGUGUGAAAUCAUCGUUCAAGUACAGCACACCGGGUUGUAUUACAGUGAACCACGAAGGUCACCUGGUCGUGAUGGAUUCUAGAGCAAGCACAUGUAAUAAUGUAAUGAUAUAUCGUACUGACGGUACACAGAUCAGGGAAUUCACUGACACCUCAUCGAAACCAGUACAAUAUUCCAAGCACAUAACAACCACCCCCAGUGGUGACGUCAUAGUAUCAGAUCCCAAUGACUGCUGUAUACGUGUCUACACACCUGAGGGUCAGCUACGGUACACGUACGGUGGGGAGGGCGUCAUGGAGUGUUCAGAUGCUGUCUGUGUGGAUGAAGAUGGAACCAUAUUUAUCUCCGACCCCAUUGCUGACAACAUCCACCAGGUGUCUCCUGCUGGCCAGUUCAUGCGAUAUGUGCUGACAGACAAGGAUGGACUGUGGUCACCCAGGGCUGUGUGUAUCAACCAGGAAGGGCACCUCGUGGUAGCUCAAGAGGACGGAUGGAUCAAAACAUACAAGAAUAAAUAACAAUCUAUGGUGUUAUUUACUCCUGGUCUGUAAUCACAAAUGACUCACAGCCUUCAAUAUGAAAUCUAACGCGUGUAUUAUAGAUAAUGUUUACAUAUCUGAUCUGCCUAUAAUCAAACCUGUGAAUGAAUAUCACAUAUUGAACUUAAAUGUCAGAUUUGUAUGUUUUUGUUGAUAUAAAACUGUGAGACCAU